AUGCCUCUAUCAAAGGUGGAGCACUACUUAUCCUACCAUACGCGCUUACUAUUACCCCAUGUUUUAUCCCCCCAGGCAUCACAUCGUAUCGCAUACAUCUUUUCGUUAUUAUCUGCAGUGUCAGCUGGUUUUAUUACUUUGAUAUCGCUUUACUCUCAGCCAUGGCAGAAACGUUUAAACUAUUCUUCGUGGCAAAUCAACACUAUAGCUAGUAUGACUAACUUGGGAAUGUAUUUAACGCCCCCAAUACUAGGUAUGAUUGCUGAUUCCCAUGGUCCCAUAACUUUGAGUCUUCUAGCUAUCAUAGGGUUUAUACCUAGCUAUUCAUACCUGGCAUAUGUCUUUAAUCACCCAGAGUUGUCAAAUGAAGGGAAUGGUGACUCAUCAUUUAAUCUGUCAAUAAUAUGUUUCACUUUUAUAGGUAUAUCAACGAGCGCACUAUAUUUCAGCGCUUUAUUGACAUGCACGAAGCUAUAUCCCCGUACGAAAUUAUUGUCCAUUAGUUUACCCACCACAUGCUAUGGUAUAUCUUCCGUAGUAGGGUCCCAAUUAUUAAGAAUCAAGUGGUUCUGGUCUUAUAACGCACACUUUCCUUCCUCCGAUACUGGUUUGAAUCUGGGGAGGGUAUUCCAAACUUUUGCCUGGGUUUAUGUUGUAAUUGGGUUACUUGCAUGGAUAGCCACCAGUGUAGUGUCAUUAUUGCAUUUCAAUGAAGAACUAGACAAUCAAAAACUGUUGGAUGACCAAAUUGAUGUUGAACAGUCACCGUUGCUAGAAGAACGCACUCAUGUCGAAGAAAACUUUUCACAAACGAUAUUUAGGAUUUUUAGCGAUCCUGUGACAUAUAUUCUUGCGAUGUCAAUUUUAUUAUCGCUAGGGCCGCUGGAAAUGUUCAUUGCUAACAUGGGAUCGUUAACCAACCUUCUAGUUCAGAUUGAUGCGCCCGCCCUAUCUACAGAGUUGUUAUCCACAUAUGCACUAUCUUCUACCUUUACAAGACUACUCACAGGCUUGGUAGCCGAUUUUUUUGCCAAGAAAAGAAUAUCGAUUAAAUGGAUUUUGUUGACGUUCCUUUCACUUGGAGUUUGUGCACAACUCUUUUUGUUGAAACUGGCCUCCUCGGCUUCAUCAUGGGGUUUGGUACCAACGGGAUCCUUGAUUGGAAUAAUAUAUGGAGGGUUGUUUACCAUUUACCCGACUCUGGUCUUGUUAGUAUGGGGUGAACGCUCAUUUGGGACCGUUUAUGGUAGCCUACUAAUCGCACCUGCAAUAGGUUCCAUGAUAUUUUGCAUGUUGUAUGCAAAAGUUUACGAUUCUCGCUGUAUGAAUGACAGUGGAGACUUGCGGGAAUCGUCUUGCAUUUCGAUUGUCUACAAAUACAGUAGUGUCGCAUUUAUUGCAUCCGUUGUUCUUUCUGCAAUAGUGUUUUGGAAACUUAACAAUAAAAAAGUAAAAAUCUAA